CGCUUCCCUAACUUUUGUCUCUCAGUGUCAGUGUCAGUCCAAUAGAGUGUUUUCGUCGCUGGUGUUCUUUCCGAUCUCUACGCAUUUCACUGCUUCACCGAAAAUUCCCUCUGCCCCUAUAGUACUUCAGCUUGAUAGUUUCCACCGCCUGGAAGUAAAAUUAAGGGGAUGGUGAAAUACAAUUAAGAGAAAAUUCCUAGUUAAUUAAUUAUUGUUCAUGCAUGGGCUUUGAAAAUUGGAUGGCUAAACUUGUUAGAAGGCAUACACUGGGGAUGAAAACCAAACAACCACCAAUCACUCCCCUCCCCUAAACUAAGGUGAAAUAUCAACUUGACCCACCACCUUUCUGAAAAUAUCACUCCCCUCUCUUAUAAGAAAAAUAUGCUAUCUAACAGCCCCAACUGUUAGAUUUGGCUGUUAAGUCAAGUUAAAUUUUGUUUAUAAUCCCUAAAAUACCCCCUUUCCCUUUUUCUCCCUUUCCCCCUUUCUCUGAAAAAUUGUCUAAAAUCGUAAGGAGCCCUAACUGCCGGCAUCACCACCCCUCCUCAGUCCUCUCAAUAGUCUUGGCUCUCCUCUCUUACUUCUCAGAGCACCACCCUCUUCAUGUGAGGGCAAAGGACAAGGCAUCAAAGAAUCUGAAUCAAUCACCAUAACAAACGACAAGGGGCGUUUGAGCCAGGAAGAGAUUGACAGAAUGGUGAAUGAAGCAGAGGAGUUUGCAGAGGAGGACAAGAGGGUGAAGGAAAAGAUCGAUGCAAGGAACAAGUUGGAAACUUAUAUUUACAACAUGAAGAGUACCAUUAAUGAUGAGGACAAGCUUGCAGACAAGAUCGAAAGCGACGACAAGGAGAAAAUUGAGACUGCUUUGAAGGAGGCACUAGAAUGGUUGAAUGAUAACCAGAACGUAGAGAAGGAUGACUUUGAGGACAAGCUGAAGGAAGUGGAAGCGGAGUGUAACCAGUAACAAAGUAGGUGUAUGACAAGAGUGGUGGAAGUUCUUCAGGAUCGGAUGAUGAAGAUGAACCAAAUGAUGAAUUAUAGAAAUAGAACUGGGUUGA